AUGACUGAGAUCUAUAAAAGGGCUGCGGCAUUCAUCGUGCCUCAGUCACCAACUAGCCAGGCAACUUCUGACUGCAAGAACCACCGCCUAAACGUACUUCCCGCCUCGAGCAUGAUAACACCAACGUUCCUAUUCACGCUCCUGCUGCUUGGAUACUGCCAGGCUAUUACGAUCAAAGCCCAGCCCAAGCAGCCGCCAAAAAAACCGUUUGUAAUUUCAAUUGAUCCAGGAUUUGAAGUCACGGGGGCCAAACUCGGUGAAACUGAGCUAAAUGAAUGUGCAGAUCCAGUUCAAAAGCCGAAUUCAGUUACACCAUGCUAUAAGCAAACCAUUGAGUCCACAGUUAAAUUCAUUAUCGCUGAGGAAAGCUUGUGGCAAAAGGCGGAGUUUAUGGUCGGCACAGUAGCUAAGGCGACCGCCACAAUGGAACAAUUAGCGCAAGGCCAAGUGGAUGCAGUGGUUCCACCCCCAGCAGGUGCAAAAACAGUCCAAAAAGGGAAACUCGAAAAGAAUGACCUCUCUUUGAAAUUCGUGCCAACUGGAAUGCGACUUACCCCGAAGGAGAACACUCAGGGCCAACAGCAACAACAGCCACCACAGACCGGGGUAGAACAUACAGAAGAGGGGUCUGGGAAAGGAGCACAAGCACAAGCAGGAGCAACUGAUCCUGUACCUGUCACGAAAAAAUGUUCGGAGCAACUAUCUGUUUCCGACAAUUGCUUUGAAGUUGUGACGGGUAAAAAUUGA